AUACAUACAAGGAUAGAAAAAGAAACUAACAUGUGUGAAACAAAGAAGGUAGAUCCAGCAUACCAACAGGCUGACACUAAAUAAUUUUACUUUUCACAGUUGGCUGUCUGGUCAACUGCAGCCCUUCUAGAGCAAAAGUGGGCGUGGUUAGCCGAACUGCACAGUGCACACAUCAUGCUAUCCCUUCCACCGUGCACAGUACCCACCACGAUCAUCAGCAGUUUAUUCUGUAUGUCGAUGUAUGGAGUACAACUCGAGUAUAAUAAUCAAAUCAAAUCAAAUAACAAUCAUGGCAUCGACUGUAAUUGUUAGUUGUCCCUUUGUAUUCAUGUUCAUACUUGUAUUUUCCUUUGUUUCUGUCACGAAUUCCUCAAACGGUUAUUAUGCGUCUGCGAGAGUGGAGAGCUGUAGUGGUUGUUCGCUCAACAGAUUGCCAGAUGUUAAGCAAUUUAUUUUUGAAGACCUACCACAAUAUGAUAAUGUGGAAUUCAAGCAUAUCCCAGGUGCAAUACCAGAACUUGUGUUAUUUAACGCACAUGAAGAGGAAGUAGAAAGAUUGGUGUUGUCCAAAUUGACUCGAGAAGAAUGUAACGAAUUGCUAAUUUCCAAAGGUUUCACAAAAAUUAAAGAUAACAAGGAUGAGAUGUAAAUCUUCUAACCAUAUACGCGCGCACACCCACCUACACACACACACACACACACACACACACACACACACACACACACACACGCGCGCGCGCGCGCGCGCAUAUAUUAUAAAAAGUAGUAAUCUAUCAAAAUCGGUCACAAAUCACUUGGAAAAGAAAUUAUAUUUUUAAUAGUUUAUUUCUAGAAAUUGUAGGUAUUUGAAAUAUAUAUUUUGUUUAUUGAUCCCAAAAAUAAGGUAUGUAAUAAGCACAAUAGUAAUAAUUUUUUACAAAUUACUUUUUUCUUUUAAUCGCGAUCCUUCGUUGGAAAACAAGAGCAUUUUGCUUGAGAAGCUUCAAUCUCUGUGAUCGACACUCCAGAAUAAAAUGGAAUUAUACACUACACUCUACAGUAUUAUGUAAGCUUCAAUAUUUACACUAUAUUAAAUUUAUUUAUAUUCAACUCUGUCGAAUUUUUGUUAUAAAAAAUUAAAAAUAAUACAUUAAUUUA